AUGAUCACUUUCUUGCAGACUGUUGGUGGUGGCACGGUGCCAGAGAGAGUCCCAGAGUUGGAUGGUGGCGUACCCACAGAGCAAGACAAAAACCAUUCUGACAGUAGCACCUUGUCAGACAGAAGGCUCAGUAACUCCAGCCUUUGUAGCAUUGAUGAAGAGCACCGAACAGUGUAUGAAAUGGUGCAGCGGAUUCUCUUGUCAACACGAGGUUAUGUCAAUUUUGUCAAUGAAGUAUUUCGCCAGGUAUUUUUGACGAAUUCUGCAAAUGUCUUUUUGCUGGAACCAUGUGCUGAAGUUCCCAUACUCUUGAAAGAACAAGUUGAUGCUUGUAAAGCUGUUUUGAUUAUCUUUAGGCGCAUGAUAAUGGAGCUUACUAUGAAUCAAAAGACAUGGGAACAGAUGUUGCAAAUACUACUCAGGAUAACAGAAGCUGUCAUGCAGAAGCCAAAGGAUAAGCAAAUGAAGGACUUGUUUGCCCAGAGCUUGGCAGGGUUACUAUUUAGGACACUCAUUGUGGCUUGGAUCCGAGCAAACCUCUGUGUGUAUAUUUCUCGAGAGCUUUGGGAUGACUUUCUUGGUGUGCUGUCUUCCCUCACGGAAUGGGAAGAGCUCAUAAACGAGUGGACCAACAUCAUGGACUCCUUAACAGCAGUGCUUGCAAAAACAGUUUAUGGAGUUGAGAUGACAAACCUACCUCUGGAUAAAUUAAGUGAGCAAAAGGAAAAGAAGCAAAGAGGCAAAGGCUGUAUUUUAGAUUCUCAGAAAGGAACUGCUGUGGGGAGAUCCUUUUCUCUUAGCUGGCGGAGCCACCCAGAUGCAACUGAGCCAAUGAGAUUUAGGAGUGCUACCACAUCUGGAGCACCAGGGGUUGAGAAAGCAAGAAACAUUGUUCGCCAAAAAGCAACUGAAGUUGAAGAGUGUCAUCAGUCAGAAAAUGUACCUGAAGUGGAAUCCAGUCACCUCGUAGUGGGGCAGGUGCAGCAGCAGAUCCUUCGGAGCAACAGCACAUCUGAUAUCACCGAGCAGCUGUGCUCAGAUGCUUCACAGGGUCAAAAGAUCGCGAGUGCACAGAAUUUGAAUUUUUCAGACCCUAAGCCUGUUCAAGAAAAUAAAGUACAUAUGAAGAAAGAACAUGAAGAAAUAAUAAUCUUAGUUCGAAGAAGCAGCAGCCCUGCUGAAUUGGAUUUAAAAGAUGCUUUACAGCAGACUCAAGGAAAAUAUAGGGAACAACAGAAGAGUGAAAGUGUCAUCAGUGACACACCUCUGAGCUAUAACAAUGAGGCAGAACUAUCCAUGAGCUGUGAAGACGAUCCAGAACUAAACACUCCCACAGAUGUUGUGGCUGACUCUGAUGCACAUCAUUGGUUACAACUGAGUCCCACUGAUCCUUCAAACUUAACAGAUAGCAGUGAAUGCCUCACUGAUGACUGUAGUAUCAUUGCUGGAGGGAACCUCACUGGCUGGCACCCAGACUCUGCCGCUGUGCUAUGGCGAAGAGUCUUGGGAAUCCUUGGGGAUGUGAAUAAUAUCCAGUCACCCAAGAUCCAUGCCAAGGUUUUUGGCUAUCUCUAUGAACUCUGGUACAAACUAGCAAAGAUACGGGAUAAUCUAGCAGUAAGCCUGGAUAACCAGUCUUCUCCAUCUCCUCCAGUCUUGAUCCCACCACUCAGAAUCUUUGCAUCAUGGCUAUUUAAGGCAACGACAUUACCAAAUGAAUACAAGGAAGGCAAACUGCAAGCCUACAGACUGAUCUGUGCCAUGAUGACCAGACGUCAGGAUGUUCUGCCAAAUUCAGAUUUCUUGGUACAUUUUUACUUGGUGAUGCACCUUGGAUUGACCAGCAAGGAUCAGGAUAUUUUAAAUACCAUCGUAAGGCACUGUCCGCCCCGCUUUUUUUCCCUGGGCUUGCCUGGCUUCUCCAUGCUGAUGGGGGACUUCAUCACAGCUGCAGCCAGGGUCCUCAGUACAGACAUGUUGGUGGCUCCUCGUUCGGAAGCUCUCACCAUUCUCGGUGCCCUUGUCUGCUUUCCAAACACCUACCAGGAGAUCCCACUACUGCAAUCAGUGGCAGAAGUUAACGAGGUCAUCACAGGAACUGAAGAUAUCAAGCAUUACCUCAUAAAUAUUUUACUGAAGAAUGCCACAGAGGAGCCAAAUGAAUGUGCAAGAUGCAUUGCCAUUUGCUCUCUCGGGGUCUGGAUUUGUGAAGAACUUGCACAGUGUACAAGCCAUCCGCAGGUGAAAGAGGCCAUCAAUGUGAUAGGCGUAACUCUGAAGUUCCCUAACAAAACUGUGGCUCAAGUAGCUUGUGAUGUUCUUCAGUUGCUGGUUUCCUACUGGAAAAAGCUUCAGAUGUUUGAAAACUCUAUGCCUCGGAAAGUUGCAGAAAUCCUUGUGGCCACAAUUGCUUUUCUUUUACCAAGUACAGAAUAUUCCUCAGUGGAAACAGAUAAGAAGUUUAUUGUUUCUCUGCUCCUCUGCCUCUUGGACUGGUGCAUGGCAUUGCCAAUGUCAGCCCUUCUUCACCCAGUGUCAACAGCCCUCCUGGAUGAACAGAAUGCGACCAGAGCCCCCUUGUUGGAUUACGUCUACAGGGUCCUGCACUGCUGUGUUUGUGGCUCAAGCACAUACACCCAACAGAGUCACUACAUACUGACCCUGGCUGACUUGUCAUCCACGGAGUAUGACCCUUUUUUGCCACUGGCAAAUGUUAAGAAUUCUGAGCCAGUCCGAUAUCCUUCAUCAGUGGAACUGGGUAACCUGCUUACUGUGGAAGCAGAAAAGAAGAGAAGAAGUUUGGAACUGAUUCCUCUUACUGCUAGGAUGGUGAUGGCCCACCUGGUGAACCACCUUGGACAUUACCCCCUCAAUGGGGGCCCUGCCAUGCUUCACAGCCUCAUCAGUGAGAACCAUGAUAACACCCAUGUAGACUCCUCUGAGUUGUCCUCUGAGGUGUUCAGGAGCCCAAACCUGCAGCUGUUUGUAUUUAAUGACAGCACCCUCAUAUCGUAUCUUCAGAUACCCACAGAGAAAUCAGCAAGCAGCCCACCAGUGGCUGCCCUCUCUGAUGUGAGAGUAAUUAUGAGGGAUAUCUCAGGGAAGUACUCUUGGGAUGGUAAAAUUCUAUAUGGACCUUUAGAAGACUGCUUUGCUCCCAAUGGAAGAAAUCCUUCAUUUCUUAUUUCAGGCUGGCAUCAGCAAACAUUGAGACCUCAGAAAGACUUUUCUCAAAUUGAAGAAGGAGAAGAUGUCCUUGACAAAUUACUUGAAAACAUUGGCCACACAAGUCCUGAGUGCCUUCUAUCAUCACAGCUAAAUCUAAAUGAGCCUUCCCCAUCCCCAUGCGGAAUGAGCCAUGACCAAGAGAAGGAAAUCAUUGAGGCCAUUUUGCGCCAAGACGCACAAGAAGAUGAGUAUAUUCAGGGAUCUAACUCUGACUCUGCUAUGAGAGUCACUAGUCAGGGUCAGCCCAUGCCAAUGGAGCCACAAGGACCCUUCUAUUUCUGCAGGUUGCUGCUUAAUGACUUGGGAAUGAAUUCUUGGGACAGAAGGAAGAACUUUCAUCUGUUGAAGAAAAAUUCAAAAUUAUUAAGAGAGCUAAAAAAUUUGGAUUCCCGUCAGUGCCGUGAAACACACAAAAUUGCAGUGUUUUACAUUGCUGAAGGUCAAGAAGACAAGUGUUCAAUCCUCUCCAAUGAAAGAGGGAGCCAAGCGUAUGAAGACUUUGUUGCUGGACUUGGAUGGGAGGUGGACCUCUCAACUCACUGUGGGUUCAUGGGCGGUCUACAGCGCAAUGGCAGCACAGGUCAGACAGCCCCCUACUAUGCUACCUCAACUGUGGAAGUGAUUUUCCAUGUUUCCACUAGGAUGCCAUCAGACUCAGAUGAUUCACUCACCAAAAAGCUCCGUCACUUGGGGAAUGACGAGGUCCACAUCGUCUGGUCUGAACACUCCAGAGACUACCGCAGGGGUAUUAUCCCAACUGCCUUUGGAGACGUUUCAAUCAUUAUUUACCCAAUGAAGAAUCACAUGUUCUUUAUCGCCAUAAAGAAGAAACCUGAGGUUCCAUUUUUUGGGCCUUUGUUUGAUGGAGCUAUCGUGAAUGGGAAGCUGCUGCCAAGCCUUAUCUGCGCCACAUGCAUCAAUGCCAGCAGAGCCGUGAAAGGCCUCAUCCCACUCUACCAGAGCUUCUACGAAGAGCGAGCUCUAUACCUCGAAGCAAUAAUUCAGAAUCACCGUGAAGUAAUGACAUUUGAGGAUUUCGCAGCCCAAGUAUUUUCUCCCUCUUCCAGCUACUCCCUCAGCGGAACGGCUAUCCUGUUAACCUCCAAAUCUAGCAAGGUUAAUGAACUUUUUCUCAGUAAUGUGCUCUGGUUCAUUCAGGAGUGUGAGUUUCUUGCUGAGCUGGGAAUAUGUUGUUUAAAAGCGAUGCCCAAAUCAGUGCUUCUUAUCAAAAAAGAGUUCCUCACAGUCGAAGCCGUUGCUACUAAUGCUAAAUGGGGAUUAUGCUGCCAAGAUACCAGGGUCAAGGAUUAA